UAAUAGAACACGGCACGACGCUACGGAAUCGGCCGAUACUGCCGAGCUAGUUCGCUGAAGUUCUUGCAUGACCACCGCCCGCUGAGCCCGUGGGACCGCCCGACACCACCGCCAUGCCGUCCGUCCGCAAGGCUCGCGGCGGGGCCCGCAGUGGGGCCCACGGCCCGACUCUGGCCGCCGGCGGACCCGUCUCGGCCACCGCAGCGAUGCGACCCCGCAGCCGAGGUGGCGCUCCGGCGGCCCAGCUGCUGGAGUUCCCGUGCACGCCGACGCCCGUGCCGCAGCGGGUGGCGCACCAGCAGCGGCGCAGCCAGGCCGGCUACAGGCCGCGCAUCGUGGAGCUGGACCCCAGCACCGACCGCACCAUACACCCCACACCGGCGAUGCAGCCGUUUGACCGGCGCUCCAGCGUGCAGAGCCGGAUAUCGAUGACGUCAUCGGUGAUGAGCUUCUCGCCCGGUCACGUGGUGACGAGCACGCGCCUCGAGACGCCAGGGCCAGCGGCGCGCGACCGACACGGCAGCGGUCCGUUCGCCCGGCCCCGGACGCCGAAGACACGCUCGAUGGGACACGCCGCCAGCCCGGCCCCGCCGGCGACGGCGCGGCAGCAGCCGGCCGACGACGCUGCGCCGGCCUCGCCGGCCGCCGGCGCCUGGAUAACCCCCGUGUCGCGGCGGCUGACCAGCUCGGCCUCCUCCGGCGGCGUCCGCUCGCCGUCCGCCUCGCCUGAGACGCCUCUGGUUCGCAAGACGAAGCAGCCAACGUCUGCAAAAAGCCGUGGCCGCCCGCCGCCUGCCGCCUCGGUCGCCCAGCAUGGGACGUCCCAAAGCCAGAGUCGUGCGUCGGGCGGCGCCGCGGGCGCUCCAGCGCGCGGCACGUCGCGAAGCCGCAGCCGCGCGUCCUCUUCAGCUGGCCAGGACGGGAGCCGCUCCUCCCCAGCGUCGGCGAUCCAAAGCCAGAGCGCCGCGUCAGGCACUCGGCUUGGGAAGGGGACUCGCGGCUCGCCGCCCGCCCGCGCUGUCCCGAAGUCGGCGGCGUCGCUGAAGAGGAGCCAGCGGCGUUCGGCAGGCCGUCCAGCUUCGUCGAGCCCGAUCCGGAGGUCGGUGGCGACGGGUCGUUCCCGCAGUCCCCUCAAGCACCGCUCCGCCUCGACCAGGGGUACGCAAGGGCUCGCGGAAGACGGUGCUGAAGAGCAUGCUGACAGUGAUGCUGAAGAACAGGAGGUGGAUGUCACAGGGUGGUUUGACGGGAACGUUGACGAGAAUGCAAAUGCUCCCAAGGCUGGCCACGCCUCCGCUGAUCGCGCGCUGACUGUCAUUGGCACCGAUGAUGACGACGAAGAUGACCCCGUGGAGGACGAAGAAGCCGCCGCCGCCGCUGAGGGCAACAACGACGACGGUGCGGGCGGCGACGUCGCCGACCAAGACGCCGCCGCCGAUGACGAUGAAGACGAUGGCGCGGACGACGUGGACGUAGACGACAACGAUAAGCCGGUCAGCUCUGAGCACUUCAGUCGCCGUGUUUCGCGGCCCGGUUCGUGGGCCUCCUCUGGCCCGAGGGUGAACAGGGUCGGAGCGAGCCGAUCCGCCACUCGGGUUUCUCCGGCAUCGAGAGACGGGUCUUUCCGCGCGUCGGACCGGCACGCAUCCAGGGGUGGCCGACCUUCGGCUGCGUCUGGCGGUGGAGCGUCCAGGGGUGGACGACCCGUCACCUCGCCCAGCCAGCGGGCGUCCAGGGUUGGACGGCCCUCCACCUCGUCCAGCCAGCGGGCGUCCAGGGGUGGCCGACCUUCGGCUGCGUCUGGCGGUCAAGCGUCCAGGGGUGAACAGCCCUCCACCUCGCCCAGCCAGCGGGUGUCCAGGGGUGGACGACCAUCCACCUCGUCCAGCCAGCGGGUGUCCAGGGGUGGCCGGCCAUCUUCCGGUCGUGCCGCAGCCAGACUCACGGUGUCUGGCGCGUCUCAACCAAGCCCCGGCAGCGCGCGACGGACCAGCAAGCGAGCGCCUGGAUCCGCCUCUGCCGGCCGCGUCAGUGACUGA